UCGAAGAGGCCGAAGAGGCCCAAGACAGGGGAAGACUCGAAUUUUGUCAUAAUUCAAAAAAGACAAAGAAAGCUCUCUUCCAAACCCCGCCAAUGGCUACUUUGCCGAUGCUGUCUUCGUCCUCUUCCGGAAACCCACAAAAACCCUUCCCAUGUAAAUCCACCCUCACCCUCAACAAGAGUUUCCGGACAAACCGGUAACCUCUCCUCCUACGGCUAAUAGUACUACUACGUCCCCUGCUUCAGUAACGGCUAAAGCUCAUACCGGCGUUGGCGGUAAAUCCUCUAACCCUCCUACCCUUCAAAUGGCGCCUGAAAUAACCCAAGACUCAUCAUCCACUCAUCCUUUCCAGCCCCAGUGCAUUCUAUAUCCAGUUGCUCCUCUGGUCGCGGUUUCAUCCCCAAAUCCUUUCGUCCCCAAUCCCCCGAUCAAUUGGUCACCAUUGCGAAUCGCGGUGCCAGUGGAUUUUCUCCUCGUUCUUUAAUGGCGUUUUCCAGCCAGGUUCAGGUUCGCCCUUUUGGGGUCCCUCCUGACCCGCAGGCUCAUGCAGUUCAUGUGAUGAGGCCUUCUCGCAACUUGGUCCAAGACAGAUGGGUGCUACGGCUCCUGGCACAAUCUAGAGCGUUCCUGCCACCGUUCACCCAAAGAGGAAGAGAUGAUACAAUUGUCAUGAUUCAUGAUCGGAAGGUCAGACUAUUAGAUGGUGCUUCUCCAUAUGCACCUUGCCGAUCAUGGGUGAGGAAUGGAUUGCCUCAAGAAACUCAGGAUGCUGAUUCUGUUGAACCUGUAUCUCCUCAGAAAUUGUUGCAGAGACACAUAAAGCAUGCUAACAGGGUUCGUGCAAGAGAAGAACGGCUACAAUGGAUUGCACGAUACAAACAGCGGCUUGCUCUUCUCCUUCCUCCACCAGUUGGGCAGCUCAGAAAUGAUGCGACUCCUGGAAGCUAAUUCAUUUCCUAUCUGAAAUUUGUUACUAGAUAUUUGCCAUAUUGUGCUUAUCCUGCCUUUCACAAAUCAAGAGUGCAGAGCAGAAAGGUACAGUAGCAAGGCAUGGAUGAGAGCAGGGAGGCACACAAGUUAUCUGGCAUGCUGAGAUACAUUUCUCAGUUGUUGUUUUCUUUCCAUGGGAAGUUAUUUAAAAUUCUCUUUCGUAUCUUAUCAAUACAGAAAAUGUAGUUGGGUGAAGCUUUGGGUUGCUAAAGUGACAUCUAUAAGCUGAUUGAAGUGGAGAAAAAGUUUUUUCACUUCAGAUUUCUCUUCCAUUAUUUAUUUUUUGUUUUGAACCUUCUUUUAACGUGCUCAUCUGCUAGCAAAUUCUUGGACAGUUGCACUAUGGCUUCAAUAUCUAUCUAUUGCAGCAGUUAAUUGUCUACAUCCUCCUGGGUGGAUGUUCUCCUGAGAAGGUAAUCAUGGAUGAAUUUGAUCUUAUGUUAUAUUGUAGGAAUUUGGAGUGAUAUUAAAUGUUGUCCCAGAAAAAAAAAAGUACCAAUUCGAUCGUUUGACCUUCUUAUUUGGGCCAAUCAUUUCUGUGCAGUGGCAGAUGCUUUACUGAGUUUUUUUUUUGGGUAGAACUUUGCUGAGUUAGUUUGUAAUGGCUUAAAGGGUAAAGUGAUAUAUCAAUUGAAAAAUCAUAUGAGGCUCAUAGCUCUGAGCCAGAAGGCCAAAACAUAUUCAGCAAUUCCAGAUUUCCAGCUACCUGGGCUUUUCUAUCUAUGAUUGGGCUUCACAUGAGAUGGUACUGAUUGUACCUUCUAUUAUCACUCUAUGGGCCAUACCUUCUAUUAUCACUCUAUGGGCCAUGCUUUGUAUGAUGAAGAGACAAGACAGAUGGUAUUGGGAUCUUAUGAAUCACCUUUUUCAAGAGCAAUGCACAGAUCUACAGCUAGUUCUUUUAUCAACAUCUCUCAUAAGUCAUUAGUGCUUUUGUGGGUAAUUAGCUAAGCAAUUCAGGUACACGGAUCCGUAUUUUAUUCUCCUUGAUUUGAUUCUUUUACUCUUUAGCAAAGCAUGGUGGUCUGGUCGGUGGUGAAAAACAUAAACCUGGAUCUCUUUUUAUGAAGGUUAAUGAGGACAUGGAUGCCUCAUGGCCAUGUGACCUCCCUUUGCUUUC